UGAACCCGGAAUUGUCCUAUGACUCAUAUUACAGUUACAGAGUAUAUCUUUUAACGGGUCAAACAAACAAAAAAAAGAAAAUUCACUGUUUUUUCCUGCCCCUAAACUAGAUUAAAUAUUUAAAUAAUGGUAGACUGGAAAUGAAAGUAAAGUCCCUUUCUCGCAUUCGUUCUCUAUUGCAUUGGCGGAAGAACAAAACAAUAUCUGAUUCUGAAAUCAAGGAAAGAUAUUGAAAAAUAUAUUUUCGAAAUAAACUUUUAUAUGUAGCGGAAAAGAAUAUCGAUUUAUUCCCAUGGAGCAUUCAGUAAGAAGAAGAUUCAUUAAAUCGGAAAUAUCGACAAAUUCCUGACUUGCGUGGUCUAAGGAAAUAAAAAAAUCCGCUUGUACAAUUUCAUCUAUAUCGAAUUUUAAUAUCAGAAUAGCCGAUAUAGUCGUCAUUCAAUGGGUUAGGUCCACUUACUUUUUCUUGAUUUAGAAUUUGAUGCUGGGUUUGAUAAAAACAAUGGAGAAGUAAGAAUACUUUGGUUUGGCGAUUCAUAAUAGCGAUUGGACAUCUAGAAUAUUCCUGUCCAAAAACAAAAAUUUGAAUAAUUAGACAUGAAGAGGACUACUUUGUCAGUACAGAGUAGACUAGUUCUAAUAACUACAAUUAUUCAUUAUUAUUUAUACUAAUAAUAAUGAAUAAUGUUUCACUUUUUAACUAUAACUCGUAAUAAUCAGAAGUCAUUAUAAUGGUGGUUACCCUUUUCUUUUUAGAAAUAAAAAGAAAUCUCUAUUCUCCACCGAAAAACAAAGACUCAAACUUUAGUUUAGUGGAAAAAGCCCCUUAUCGGAUUUGAACCGAUGACUUACGCCUUACCAUGGCGUUACUCUACCACUGAGUUAAAAGGGCUUGUUUUAUUCGAUUCAUGAAUUAUAGCCUUUUUCCAUUAUGAGUCUACUGCAUAAUAUAUGUACAUGAUAUAUACAUAUAUGCACAUAAUAUAUACAUAGUUCAUUUAGGAGCAAUCAAUUUGAUUUACCCCCCAAAAGUAAAAAGUGGGCAAAUUUUUUAUUUUUUUUUUUGAUAAAAAUAAUGCAGUGAAUUGUUUCAAGACCGACCCCGCUUGUUUACCUUUACUGACUCAUCAAAACAAGAUUCACUUGAUUGAUACAUGUACCAAUCUGACAUCGACAUAGAUUCGAUAGAUUUUCUUGAAUCAUGUGAUGAGGGUAUUCGUACCCUGAACCGAAUUCUUAUAAAAAAAUAAAAAAGAAAAAAGGAAAAUUUCUAUCGUUUUUUAAUUUUCUGACUUAAUGUGAGAUAGUGAUAGGCAUAUUUUAUCUGAACAAUGAACGAAGCAAUGAGUUAAGUUAAAAUUAAUGAGUUAAAAUUGAAGAAAAGAAAUUAAGUGGGGUUCUACCCCCUUUUCUGUUCUGUCGGACCAAUCACUGCCUGAACUGACGGAGUCCUGUACCUCCUUUCGCUAUAUAAAAUAGUAUGGGAUGGUUCAUUCAUGAACCAUCAAAUCCAAAACAAAAUUCUAUGGAAUCAUAACAUAAAAGUAGAAAAGAGUGUUCAGAUCUAGUCAUAUCAUUAGAUUAUAUUGACAAUUCCAAAAAACUACUCAUACUAUCAUCAUAGUAUGAUGACAGUUGGGCGGAUAUGCCCCUAUCGUCUAGUGGUUCAGGACAUCUCUCUUUCAAGGAGGCAGCGGGGAUUCGACUUCCCCUGGGGGUACUACGAAAGGAAGUUGAUCAUGGAUUAUCAAUAAGCCUAGAAGGAAUUCUUCCUGGGUCGAUGCCCGAGCGGUUAAUGGGGACGGACUGUAAAUUCGUUGGCGAUAUGUCUACGCUGGUUCAAAUCCAGCUCGGCCCAAAAAUUCGCCGCUCCAUGAAUAUGAUAUAACCAAUGAUAUAACCAAUUUGUCCCCCAGAAACAAAAAUACCUGAUCCGUAAAAGAGAAAGAGUCCAUUUUUGUUUCUCUAUCCAUGUUUUUCUCAUUCGUUCUGAUCUUUUCUUUCUAACGAUCUAGAUUCAUAAUACUUAAUCAAAGCAAAGAUUAUGAAAGGAAAAAUCGUUUUUUCUCAAUGAAAGGUUGAUUAUCUAUUUUUGGCAAUAAAAUAAAAUAAACACAGGUUACUAGUAAUCCGUGUCACUUUCACUAUAGUCCAUAUCUAUGUGUUCUAUGUGUAUAUGAUAUCAGUUAGUAUAUCAUUCGUGUCUCUGUUACAACGCGACGAAGAAAAUGUUUUUCUGAAACCAUUAAGAAUAUGUAUACCAUACACCUCGCUGGGAUUGUAGUUCAAUUGGUCAGAGCACCGCCCUGUCAAGGCGGAAGCUGCGGGUUCGAGCCCCGUCAGUCCCGAACUAGGAUCCGACCGAUGAAUGGAGAAAUGAAUUUAUCUAUUUUCCGUGAAAAAGGAGACAGGGGGCAAGAUCUAAUCCCCAGUGGAGAUCCUUAUUUCUUUUGUUUUUCAUUUCGCAUUUAUCAUCAGACAAAUACAGGAAUUUCCAUUUCUUCCACUAGUGCCGAGUGAUAAGGGAGAGACAUAACAUAUAUAGAUUCGUACAAUCGGUGGUAUUCCUAUAUUUAGUAUUUUAAGAGAUACUCGUCUGACUUUCUUUUUCGAUUUUCUUGAUAAAUGAAAUAGAAUAGAGUGCUCCUAUUUUUACCGAGAGUACAUACGCAAAUUGUAUUCGUUUAUUGUACAAUACAUAAUGAACUUAACAUAAUUACCUCGACAGAGUACUUGUCAGGUUAAACGACAACCCUUUUUAGCUUCGACUUUGUUUGUGUAUCCUCAAUGACUAAUUGGAAACAAUCUAUCUCAUUCUCAUUUAAAUUGCACACUGAAUUUUUGAUGUAUGCCUUCCAGUCCCAAUCGAAGAAAGAGAUACUAAUCAAAUAAAAGAAAAGACCAAGCAACGUUCCUUUUUAUUAAAUUUGUUGGAAUUAUAUUAGAUCUUUUAUACUUAACCCGUCCUUUUUCCAUCUCACUUCUACUCUUUGGAUCUGUGUGUGAUUCAUAGAAUACCAGUCAUAUAAUACCUCAUAAUUGUAUGUACAUAAUUGUAUGUAUAAGUAUAACGAAGGAGGAGUAUAUAAGGAAGACGGUAGGGUUAUUUAUAGAAAAGAAAAAGUGGAAAAGGAUGAAAAUUCAAUGGGAUUCUUUAUUGGAUCAGGAAUCCCAUUUCAGAUUUAGUAUGGAUAAAGGAUCUUCCUAUGUUAUACUAUUCAAUUCUCGACGAUGAAUCGAUUUGAUAGAUCAGAUAUUGUUAUUCAUAAUAUUGAUCCGAUUCAGUAUCAUCAGGAUGCAAUUCAUCCCAUUGAAUUUACAGGAAUCAAAUUUCUCAUCUCUAUGGGAUUAGAUCCCGAGUUAUUGCGAAGUAAAAAAACAAUGAGAUUAUGGAAGUAAAUAUUCUCGCAUUUAUUGCUACUGCACUGUUCAUUCUAGUUCCUACUGCCUUUUUACUUAUCAUCUACGUAAAAACAGUCAGUCAAAAUGAUUAAUUUGACUGAAACUUGAUUUAUUAGUUCUUAUCAAUGAUUGAAUAAAUGAAAGAAACGGAUUCAAACUCCAAGUCUUAAAUGAAAUGAUCUGUCUGGAAUCAUAAGUAUCUGAGAUAAUAAGUAUCUGAGAUAGUAGUAUCUGAGCCGAGAUAGUAUGGUAUAGUAUUUAUUAUCCUAUUAAUGAUUUUCAUAGAAAGUUGUACUGUAUACAGAUAUAGGCUUUUAUAUAGAGAAAGCCUAUAUCUAGGUCAAUAUACAAUAUGUAUGUACAUAGAUUAGAUGUAUAUCUAAAUAGUACAUCAAAAUAACAGUCCAAUUCUAUUAUUUUUUUGGCUACAUUUACUUGUGUGGAUUUCGAUCAAUUCAAAAUAAUUGAAGACCAACUCUUCUAAUUCCUGGCUUUCUUAGAAUUUAUAUAUAUAUAGGUAUAGGUCCCGAGAUCUAUCAAAGGAAUCAAUGGAGCAAGACAAAAAGAGUAUGGGCAUAUUCUACUAUAAAUUAAAUAAAAAAAAAGAUAAAAGAAAA